GAAAUACAAUAUGGCGCCGAUAUGUUAGUGUGUAGACGUAACUGCUAGCUAACACCUAGCCCGCAAAUUCGUACAAACACGCUGUUUUAACAACCAGCGAUUAACCUUGGUUUUUAUUUAAGUUCAUUCGAUAACUGCAGUGCUGUUGUUCGAACGGUUUUAAUCGAAAAACAAUGAAUUACACUACGAAGGUGGUCCAGGUGACCAAUGUGUCGCCUAGCACCACAUCGGAGCAGAUGAGAACACUGUUCGGUUUCCUGGGAACCAUCGAAGAACUGAAGCUGUUUCCUCCAGAUGACUCUCAGAUGCCUGUGACAUCGCGGGUGUGCUUUGUGAAGUUCGUGGAGCCAGAGUCUGUUGGAGUGUCCCAACACCUGACUAACACCGUGUUUGUGGACAGAGCGUUGAUUGUGGUCCCGUUUGCCGAAGGAUCUAUUCCAGAUGAGGCUAAAGCUUUGUCUCUGUUGGCGCCAGCAAACGCUAUUGCAGGAAUCCUGCCAGGAGGAGGACUUCUCCCGCUGCCCAAUCCCAUGUCCAAUCCAGCUAUGGGAGGAAACCCUUUCGGUGUUCCGAACAUGGAUGCGAUGGCUGCAUUUGGAUUCCCAGGACACAAUAUGAACCCACAGGCCGCUGAUCAGCUGCUAAAGUUCAUGACCGAUCCAAAACUGAAUCCUUUGGCUGCAGGCUUAAACCUGAGUGCGAGCCUGAAGGCGGACGCGUCUAAUAAAGAGAUGGAGGAAGCCAUGAAGAGAGUGAGAGAGGCCCAGUCGCUCAUUUCUGCUGCUAUUGAACCAGGAAGUGAGUGCACAGACGUUUAG